UGGUCUGGUGAUCUCGCCAUGCGAUUGCUGCUUCUGAUGGAUUUAUGGCUUCGGUUCAAGCUGGGCAGAGGAGAAUUGGCGUGGAAUUGAAAUGAAAAUGAACAGCUUCGAGACUCAGCACAGCUAUGCCUCCUGGAGAGGUUCAGCUGUUGCGUAAUUGGCCACAAACCACCAGCUGGCCCCACUGUUAGCCACGGUCCCUGCCGUGCACCUAUCAAAAUUGUGGCCCCAAUUGCGUCGUGGCCUACACGGUACAACGGCGGCGGCAGAGAGAACAAGACCGCGAACAGACAGACAGCACAUGCUGAUGCGACAAAACCCCCAACGACCACCAAAUAUAGCCUUGCCAUCGGGGGCCAUGGGGGACUGCGCAAGGCAAUGAAUGGAGGAAUCAUGACACCAGGCAGCACAGCGGGCCUGUACGCGGCCGCCGCCGCCCUGCGCUUCGCCCUCUUCGCCCUCUUCCCCGGCCUGCCCGACCUCCUGACCGGCCGCGUCGAGAUCUCGACCCCGGUGUCGAGCUUCAAGAGGCUCCAAGAAGGCCUCUUCCUCUACAACCACAACGUCUCCCCCUACGACGGCGGCGUCUACCACCAGGCGCCGCUCCUCCUCCCGCUCUUCUCCCUCCUCCCCGACGUCUCGGCCUACCCCAUCUUCACCUCGCUGCUCUACAUCGCCGUCGACCUCGCCAGCGCCCAUGCGCUCCACCGCAUCGCCGACUCGGGCGAGGCCGCCUGGUCGGCGCACUUCAAGUCCCCGCGCCGCGCCAGGAGGUGGGGCGGUGCCGUCGUCGCUGCCCUAUACCUGUUUAGUCCUUUCACCCUCGCGACCUGCCUCGGCCGCUCGACCAGCGUCUUCACCACGUGCGCCAUCCUCAGCGCCAUAGCCAAGGCCGUCUCGGGCGCCCCGCUCGGCGCCCUGGUCGCCCUCUCGUUCGCGUCCUACCUCUCCAUGUACCCGCUGCUCCUGCUGCCGCCCCUCGUCGUGCUCGCCUACGACCGCCAGCCGCCCGCGACCCCGUCGUCCCUGGCCACCUCGUCCUCGCGCCGCGGCGGCCGCCGCGUCUCGUCGUCGCUCCGCACCUUUGCCGGCGUCGGCGUCGGCGUCGUGACGGCCGUGCUCCUCGCGCUCCUGUCGCUCUCGUACCUCGUCACGUCCAUGUCGUGGGAGUUCCUCGCGUCCACGUACGGCGUGCAGCUGACGCUCGCCGACCUGACCCCAAACGUCGGCCUGUGGUGGUACUUCUUCACCGAGAUGUUCGACUCGUUCCGCGCCUUCUUCCUCGCCGUCUUCUGGCUGCACCUGGCCGCCUACGUCGGCGGCGUCACGGUCCGCGCCCGCGCCCAGCCCCUGGCCGCCCUCGUCAUCCUGCUCGGCCUCCUCGCCAUCUUCAAGCCCUACCCGUCCGUGGCCGACACGUCGCUCUUCCUGGGCCUCGUGCCGCUCUUCAGGCACGUCUUCCCGCUCAUGCGCUACUCCUUCGUCGUCGGCGCCACCAUGGCCUACGCCGUCUUCCUCGGCCCGGCCUUUUAUUACCUGUGGAUCUACGCGGGCAGCGGCAACGCCAACUUCUUCUACGCCAUCACCCUCGUCUGGGCCCUCGUGCAGAGCCUGCUGGUCAGCGACCUCACCUUUGCCAUCCUUCGCGACGAGUGGGAGCUCGACAGGCCCGAGAUGGUGGGCAAGGAGAUACGGCAGAUCUGAGGGCAGGUGGGGGGGGGAGCUGCUAGAUGGUUUUUGUUACGGUGCCAGUCGAAAAAGGCGUUCAUGUUGACCAGAUAGAUGGACUUGUGGUGGUAUCAGCAGGUAGCCCAGGUUAUGGGACCAAAAAGAAGCAUAAACGGACGUAUUCGAUACGAGGUCUGUGAUUUCUAGUGUAUUCACAACACAAUGCUCGAGAAGAGCAAGCAAUAAAAGGGAUCUCGUCAAAUGUGUGCUAUUCGUUCGGUUUUAAGAAACCACAUUCUUAUCAAUGCUGAAAACCAAC